AUGACGGCGCCAGGUCCAGGGCCAGGGCCAGGGUCAGGAUUAGGGCCAGGGCCAGGGCCCGGUAUAGUACCAGGUCCAUGGCCAGGUUUAGCGCCAGGGCCAGGGCCAGGGCCAAGGUUAAAGUUAGGGCCAGGUUUAGGGAGAGGCCCAGGGCCAGGUUUAGUGCCAGGGCCAGGGCCAGGCCCAGGGCCAGGGUUAGGGCCAGGGCCAAGGCCAGGUCCAGGUCCACGACCAGGGCCAUAG